AUGGGGUUCAGAACGAGCGAAGACAGAGUCACGCGCAAUGAAAAGGAACAACAACAACAACAGCCGCAAGACGCAGUACAAGCUUCCACCCCACAGACACACACAGACACCACACACUUGACAAGCGCACUCUCACUCGCCCCCUCCUUUAAUGGCCGGGCACACUCUUCAAAACGAGGGCCGGCGGCGGCUCUGGGCGUUGCUUCGGCGCAUCCUGCGAGACGAAUCGUCCCGUUUUGGGGUCGAAGCCCGGCGGCAGCUCGUACGGGUCGCGCCAGUUCUCCCGAACGGAGACCAACUUGGAGGAGUAGAAGGAGAGGAGAAACACCGACGGGGUGA